GUGUAGCACCGCUCGCUUCCACGCUCUCAGAGAAAGAAAAGAGGUAAAUGGAUCAGGCGGUUGAAAUGGAGAGCAAAAGGAUUGGGAGGGUGACCAAAAAUAUUCGGGAGACAUGGCGUGGCUGCGUGACACAAUAGGAGGAUCUUACCAUACCAAGAACAGUACUUUUCCGAAGAACAAAGUAAAGGCCGCGGCUUCUAGCUGCCCGUUUAAAGGCUUUUCAUUUCGUUUUUCUUUGCCAUCUUACCUCGUUUAACCCAAACAGCAGCAGCAGCAGCAGAAGUGAGCAACCCGCAACGUUUCUCCUGCACGGCAUCUGCAGAGAGAGAGAGGAGUCUGUGGCCAGCAGCCUGCUCUGACAGCUUGAAAGGAAGCUCAGCAUGAGUCGAGAUGGCUGGAUGAAAAAGAGAGCCAAUGCCAGCGAUGACAAUGGUUGGGAAGAGAGGGGCGGCUACAUGGCUGCCAAGGUUUCUAAGCUGGACGAGCAGUUCAAACUCAAUGCCACCAGAGAAAAGCUGAAGGAGGGAACAAGCUCCAGCAUCUUCAGUGGGGUGGCUAUUUAUGUCAAUGGAUACACAGAUCCAAGUGCAGAUGAGCUCCGCAGGCUAAUGAUGCUGCAUGGGGGUCAGUUUCAUGUCUAUUACUCACGCUCAAAAACCACACACAUCAUCGCUAGCAACCUGCCCAACUGCAAAAUUCAGGAGCUCCGAGGGGAGAAGGUCAUCAGGCCGGAGUGGAUCACUGACAGCAUUAAGGCCGGCCGUCUCCUGCCUUACUUGAAGUACCAGUUGUAUGCUAAACAGAAGAACACGCUCUUCCCCGGCGUUGUUCUGCGCCAUGCCUCAGAGAUGUCAGAACCGAGCCACUGUCCCCUUCAGCCGAACAUGCAUCAAAAGCCCCUUUUGCCGGCGCACAACACUGAGCCCUCUGUCCCCCCCAGUGGGGGCUCCUCAAACAGCUCCUUUACUGUCCCCGGCUUUAACGAUGCUGAGCCUCAGUCCAUCCACCAGAUCUCCAAAGCUAACCUGGAUUACCGCCAGCAGGGUAAUUUAAAAUCCAGUCAGCUGGUUGCGGAUUCCCUUCCUGUGAGCGGAUCUUUACACCGGAACCACCUUUCCAACAAGGGUCACAUAAAGCAUCCGCACAAGUCUCCCAGCUCUGCUCACAUGCAUGGAGAAGACUUAAAAGUGAACGGAGUUCCACAGACCUCACUGGAAACCUCGAGCCAUUCUAACAUGAAGGAAAUGCAAGAGCGUGGCGAUCCAUGUCCUUACGGGGCCUCAGUUGUCGCGGAGGAAGCCCCGUUGACCAAUGGACACGCUCAUCAUUUCAACGGUGCCUUAAAGCCAAAGGACUUGUUCCCUGUUGCAAAUCCAUCCUCCUCUGUCAGGGACGAGUCCACAUGUAGAGCGAAGAGUCCAACAGAGAAACCUCAGAGUCCUACAGUGCAGUCACAUACCAAACCUGAUCCAUACGAGUUCCCCCCCAGCCCUCCAAAGCAAUCAGACUCACUUCCUGUCCUUUCGGAGCUAUCCAGCUCACAUCAACAAGGCUCUUAUGGAUCUAAACCUUUGUUAUCCUCUCACAAGGCUUUAAAAGCCAGUAAACCCCACCCCCCUCUGAAAUGUCUCCAACCUCCCUCUCAGGUUGAGUCCAUUUCUGAGCCGACUCCUCAAACUCCUGCAUCCCGUUCUCAUUCACACUCUGCAGUUAGACUGAAUGGUAGUCACCACAAAGUUUUUCCGUCUGACCCCCAACCCCUUAACAAUGUAACUGCGAAGCCCGAUCCUUCAACCUCCACUUCUUCAGACCAGCUGCUGGAUCAGACUGGCGGGCUGAUUUCGGAGUUUUACUCUCAUUCCCGUUUGCACCAGAUCUCCACCUGGAGGAUUGCUUUCUCCGAGUAUGUCAACGAACUUCACAGCAAACGAAAAACGGAGGGGAGCCCGUCCUAUUUUGGGAAAGAGCGACUGAGGAAAUCUAUGGGUCAGCGAUCCACGCAUGGACAAGGCACAUCAGUAGCAGCCAGUGUAAAAUCGUGUAUCUUCCACGUUGACAUGGACUGCUUUUUUGUGUCUGUGGGGAUCCGACAUAGACCAGAACUUAAAGGGAAGCCUGUCGCUGUUACCAGUAACCGUGGACUGGGCAAAGUCCCGGUCAGACCCGGAGCUAACCACCAAGUGGAGCUGCAGUACUACCAGAGGAAACACACUCAUCCUCAGCCAGAGACAGCGGAUGAUGAUCUGUCCGUAACUCCAUCACAAGACACCCCCAACUCCUAUGGCAACGGCGUGGACCAGGACGCUGCUGCUCUGUCCAUGGCAGAGAUUGCAUCUUGUAGUUACGAGGCCAGGCAGGCAGGCGUUCGGAACGGGAUGUUUUUUGGCAAAGCUAAACAGCUUUGCCCUUCGCUUCAGUCCGUCCCGUAUGAUUUCGAUGCCUACAAAGAGGUGGCUCUAAACUUGUACGAGAUCCUGGCCAGUUACACCUGUGACAUCGAGGCUCUCAGCUGUGAUGAAGCGCUCAUAGAUGCUUCUUCUCUGCUUGCGGAGGUUGGCGUCAGCCCUGAUGAUUUGGCCAAAGCCAUCAGAGCGGAUAUUGAGGAGAAAACAGGGUGCUGUGCUUCAGUGGGAAUGGGUUCCAACAUUCUUUUGGCCCGACUCGCCACCCGCAAGGCCAAGCCGAACGGGCAGUACUUCCUCAGGUCUGAAGAAGUGGAUGAUUUUAUCAGGGAGCUGCCGGUGACCAGUUUACCAGGUGUUGGCCACGUUAUGGCCAAAAAACUUGCUGUCAUGGGGGUGAAGUCAUGUGGGGACCUCCAGCAAGUGCCUCUAUCGCAGCUGCAGAAGAAGUUCGGACCUCGUACGGGACAAACCCUGUUUCGAUUCUGCAGGGGUUUAGAUGACCGACCCGUCCGUUUUGAAAAAGAAAGAAAAUCUGUUUCUGCCGACAUGAACUACAAUAUCCGCUUUACCACGGUCGACGAGGCAGAGUGUUUCCUGACUAAUCUCUCGAUGGAGGUGCAGCGGCGUCUGAAAGAGGCAGGCCUGCGAGGUCGUAGAGUUACUCUUAAGGUCAUGGUUCGCAAGGUGGGAGCGCCUCUGGAGCCGGCAAAAUACGGCGGUCAUGGCAUCUGUGAUAAUCUAGCCAAGACGGUGAUGCUGGCUCAGUCCACCGACAGCGGGCAGCUCAUCGCCUCUGCUGUCAUCAAGCUGCUACAUGCCAUGAAGCUGCAGGUCCAAGACCUGAGAGGUGUCGGCAUUCAGGUUCAACAGCUGGAGGGAAAUCAACUCCAAGGACAGGACUGCCGGGCUCCACGGACACGCUCCAUCAAAGACAUGCUUCUAGGCCAGGGAUUAAAUGCCCAAACUAAUAAUAAAGCUGCAGCAGGCACUCCUUCUGAACAGACCUCAGCAACACCCGUCCACUCAAGUAGAUCAUCCCCGCAUCCUUUGACGCCUGGCGAGCCAGUCCCUGGGACAAGCAAGGACACACCAGUCUGCAAACAAACGCCGAAACAUCCCAGGACCCGCCUCAACUUCAGCAUAGAAAUCCCUUCCCCCUCCCAGGUGGAUCGUUCUGUCCUGGAGGCCCUACCAGCCGAGCUGAGGUUGCAGGUGGAGCAGUCGUGGACUAAGACAGACGAGAGACCUAAUCACUGCGUUUCACCUGAUCUGCAGCUUCCCUCUCCUAACCCCUGUCCUGCCCUAAAUGCCCCCCCUCCUGGAACACUGGUGCUGCAGUUUCCAAACCAACCGGACACUCUGGGAAUUGUACUGGAACUGCCAAACUUCUCACAGGUUGAUCCGGAUGUAUUUGCUGCCCUUCCCAAAGAACUACAGGAUGAACUGAAGUCUGCCUACAGCCGUGCUAACAAUAUCCAACCCCAGGCGAAAACGGAGCAGAAAAACCCUCUGUUGCAGCUUAAACCAGCGGUUGUAGGAGCUGCCGUCGGGCGGGUGAAGCGGCGCUACAAGAGAAAGAACGGAGUGAGUCCCGUUAAAAAAGUGACUUCCCCGUUAAAGAGGAGACAGGUGAUGAACAGUCCAGCCAAAAACAUACUGCCCAUGAAACCACAAGAACCUGCUAAAAUUAACCCCUCUGCUGCCGAGCAAAAUGUCUUGGUGUCUGUGACGAAGUCAGUCCCUCGUCCUGUUCCGACGUUGGCUGGAGCUUGUGAUCUGAGGGACAUUAAAACACUCCUACGGGAAUGGGUCACCACCAUAACAGAACCGAUGGAGGAGGACAUCCUGCAGGUAGUGAAGUACUGCACUGAUCUGAUUGAAGAUAAAGAUCUGGAGAAGUUGGAUUUGAUCAUCAAAUACAUGAAAAGGCUCAUGCAGCAGUCGGUGGAGUCAGUUUGGAGCAUGGCGUUCGACUUCAUCUUGGACAACAUCCAGGUGGUUGUGCAUCAGGCUUAUGGUAGCAUCUUAAAGAUCACAUGAACACAAGAAGACAGAAGUUCCUCUGUUCUACCAUGAUCUAACAUGUACCAAACGAAUCAUGACAUCUGAAUGAUUAUUUUAUGUUUUUCUGGCUUUUUCUCUAACAUCUUUCUGUUCCAUCAGUGGCUAACAAAAAUAUUAGCAGAAAAACAAAGAGCCAUUAUUGUAUUUUUUUAAGUUUGUACAGUAUGUUACUAUUUGUACAUAUUUUUUACUUUUUUCAAUGUUGGAGCAGCUUAAACUGAAGGGCAAAAUGUUCUCGCCGUCUACUGGGAGUAGAUUAAGAUGCUGAUAAUCCUCACAGCUUUGUUGGUAACGUUUGUUUCUACUUAUGUUUAGCACUGCGUUUGAUUUGUCUCAAGUUUGAUCAGGUCAUGAUGUCAUACCCAAGUUGAGCCUGUUGUGAUUGUAGGACGGUAAACCAAUGAGAUUACACUGUUGAAGUGCUUUAAUUGUUACAAGCCUAUCGCAGCUGCUUUGUUUCAAUUCAUGGAUGCAACUCUGGAGGAACAAGCAUGAGAAUGGAGGUUCCAAUUUGUGUCAACAGUUAAAAGUGAGAAUCCUUCUCAGAAGUACAAAAAAAGGUUAUUCUUGCAACUUUAACAAUGUUUUAUACGUCUGGCAGCCAUAUUUGAUACUGGACAUGGAAUGGCUCAGGGAUCUCUAGCUUUCCCAGUCGGCAUUCUGAAUUCAAUGUGUGUUCUUUAAUUUUUUUUUUCUCACUAGGGACUCCUGAAAUUCUGACUUUGAAGAACAAAUCGAACGCAGCACACUUCUGUUUACUUAAUUUGUUGUGUUUUUUCCUACAUACCUGUUCCAACCCAGCAAUGCAACAUUCAAAGAUCCUUUUUAUCCUGUUUCAUUUUCAGCAAAGCAGUUUACUUAGCGUACAGGUACUAGUGUUUAAUAAAAGGCUUAUCAUGUCUAAACAAAAAAAAACACCAAACUCUUGGAUCACUUUUAGAUUCUGUUAACCUCGUAGCACUCCUCCUACUUUUCUGUGGAGAAAAAACUCGUAACUGCUGCACUCUGUGAUAUUUGUCUGUUUUUAGGUUAAAAAAAAAAAGUGCCAAAUCUUGUUAUAAAGUGUAGAUAAUGUUUUGAAAGACCUUUGUCAAAUGUUUUAAACAAAAUGUAAGUGGAGGGAUUGCCUCUUGUAUUGUUUACCAGUAGUGAAUUCUUAGUAACAGUCUUUAAAUUGUAACUCUCAAGUCUAAAUGCUCAUAAGUGUUUCAGCAUAGAAAUCUUUGGAUUCUGUGUAGCACUCUAAUUUGGUAGGACAUCAUGUUUAAUGGCAAUCGGUUAGCCUAUGCAUUUCUGUUCUUCUUUUUCUUUUCUUUUUUUUCAACAAAUGAGAGAUUUGCUGACUUUUUUUAACAUUUAUUUUGGGAUAAUCCUUUUAAAAAUAGUUUUCAUUUGGUUCUGAAUCUGUUGAAUAAUGCUGGAUUUGCAUAGAUUCAGGUGACCCAUCUUUUGUAAUUCACUACAACACUUGUAUGGCACAUGACUUCACUUCUGUAUAUAUGUUCUGAAUUGAACUUGUAUGAGCGAUCAUUGAAAGCACUCGUCAGACACAGCUAACAACUUCUGAUCUCCUCACAGAAGACGACAAUGUAAGCUUUUUAAAAGUUUGCUUAAAGCAGUAACUCUAUAUGCAAACCAGAUCGGUCUGAAUGUAACCUGGAAUGUGUGAGUUUUCAUGUACUUUUAAGAUGUUACUUCUCAUCACCUUUCACUUGUUUCCUGAAAGAAAUGGCCACAAGUAAAAACUGGCCGGCAUUGGGUUCUCUAAACUGGCUUGUGCCUGAAGACCUGAAGCUGUGAAUUUGUUUGUAAGUUUUCUAAACCUUGUUAAUAAACUUAAACUUCUAAUACCUUAA